AACUAUGAAAUUCCAAAACAGGCCUCGUUAGUCAUAUGCCCAAGCCAAUUUCUAUAUCAUAUAUAAAGCCCUCUGCCUAGGGUUUUCUGAAUAAUCAAUCUCCUCAUUCUUUCGGGAGCAGCCAUCCAUCAAUCUCUAGAACUGCAUCAGCGAGUGAAAGAUGGAGUCACAGAUCAAGCACGCGGUAGUGGUGAAAGUGAUGGGAAGAACUGGAUCGAGGGGUCAGGUCACACAGGUGAGGGUCAAGUUUCUUGAUGACCAGAACCGUUUCAUUAUGAGAAAUGUGAAGGGACCCGUCAGAGAAGGUGACGUUCUUACUUUGCUUGAGUCGGAGAGGGAGGCCAGGAGGCUGCGUUGAUUUCUCACCUUAUUCUCAACUUUUGAGGUUUGCUUAAGUUUUGGAUUUUGUUCUUAGAAGAUAUGAUUUGAGUAAUAUGUAUUUGAGGGCAAACUAUAUUCAUCUCAUCUAUGAUUUCUACAUCAUUACUCUCGACUCUUGUAAUAGACAAUUGAUUUAACGGUAGACCAAUGCACAUCUUGGGUUUAUCGUUUUUUGAACA